AUGUAACAGAAUUAUGCAAAUUUCAUAAUCAAAGAUGCUUAGAUUGAAAGAUUCUUUAACACUUUGAAAAAGGAGCCUUUAGGUUCUGGAAGGAAUUCUAUAGUCUAUUUGACUCAGCAUAGGGUUUCAAGUGUUUAUUUUGCAUUGAAGGAACCAAGAAAAGAUCAAUUGUCCUAAUAAUCGAUUAUCAAUGAAAUUAAUAUUUUCAUCAGGUUUUGGCAAAAUAAUAACUAGGAAUUUCCACGGUGUGUGCCUUACAUGGAAAAAUUUUCGGAAACUAAUCAAAUUUUAAUGGAAUAUAUGAAAAAUGGUUCAUUAUUAGACAUUUUAUUGACAAGUGGAAAAUUUGCAGAAAAAUUUGCUCGCUUAAUCGCAAUUAAUUUAUACAAUCAAAUAGGGCUGAUGCAUAGAAAUGGAGUAGUACAUUUUGAUUUAAAACCUGAUAAUAUUAUGUUUAAUGAAAAUAUGAUGCUAAAGAUAUGUGAUUUCGGAUUCGCAAAUUAGCCUAUAGGCUUUACACAAGGAUAUGCUUCCCCAGAAUAGAUUUAAAAUAAAAUUAUUGAUGCUGAAAAAUGCGAUGUAUUUGCUUAUGGAGUAAUACUAUUUAUAAUUGUCAUGGGAUUUCCUCCCUUUUAAAAUUAUCAAGAUAAUUGGUACAAAAUGAUUUCAAAUUAAUAAUGGGAUUAAUUUUGGAGCAAAAUUAAAUAAAAUGGAAAGACAGAUCCCUCAGACUAGUUUAAAGAUUUAAUAACAAAAGUCAUUGAGGUUGAUGUGAAUAAGAGAUAUAAUAUGCAAAACAUUUCCACUGCAGAGUGGUUUUCUUUAGAAAAGGUUUCAGAUUAAGAAUGUACAAUGGAAUUAAUAAAAAGGAUUAAUCUGAGGAAUCUAGGGUAUUAUAAAUAUUGA